AUGCUGGAGACCGAUGGGCAGUGGGAUAUUAUAGUCUCAGCUCUUCAAGAUAUCAGCAACGCAAAUCUGUCCAACCCACUAGAUAACGUCUAUGGUGAUAAGGUAUCUGGCUCUGCAUUAGAUGGGAUGACACCCGACGAACUAGAACAACUUAAACAAGAAGUUAUCGAACAUAAAGCCAAUGUUGCUGUUGUAAAGCGAUUUAUAGACACAUGCAAGGAAAACCUUGGAAUGCUCAUCGAGUCGCAGCAGACUGCUAAGAAGGUUGCGUCACCUGAAAAAGAGGUUGUCAACAGAAAGAGUCUGAAAAUGAAUGGAAAGCAAACAAAGCGUCCAAGACACGGACGACUGUUCUGGACUUCGAAGUAUAAUCCCCUGGAACCAAUAGUAGUGGGGCUGGAGAUCGCUUACAAGCUUAGAAAUCGCCAUUUUGAGGAGUGGAUACAAUGUGAGGUUGUUCGCGUAAUAGGAGAUGGUACGAAGUUCGAAAUUCGAGAUCCAGAACCGGACGAAAACAACAACUUGAGUGAGACGUUUAAAGCAAGCUACAAGGAAAUAUUAUUAAUACCGGCAGAGGAAGUUACGUCCGAGUUGCUGAAUUAUCCAGCGAGCACAAAAGUGUUAGCUCGUUACCCAGAGACUACGACGUUCUAUCCAGCUGUGGUUGUUGGACACAGAAGAGACGGAACUGUAAGAUUAAAAUUUGAUGGAGAAGAGGAAGUGAACAAGGAAACAGAGGUGGAGAGAAGACUCGUGUUGCCUCUACCGGAAAAAUAA